AUGGAGGAAACAUAUCUGGCAAAUGUUGAAGGCAUUAAAAAGGCAAUUCUCCAUGGAGGAACUGGCGAGCUGCCAAAAUUUCUCACAGGAUCCAAAGUCACAUUUCAUUUUCGGACUAUAAAAUGUGAUGGAGACCGAACAGUGAUCGAUGACAGUAAGCAAGUUGGCAGACCGAUGGAAAUAAUUUUUGGCAAUAUGUUUAAACUGGAAGUUUGGGAAAUUUUACUAUCAUCUAUGCGGAUUGGAGAGGUUGCUGAAUUCUGGUGUGAUGUCAUUCACACUGGUCUGUAUCCAACUGUAGCAAAGAGUCUGCGUAUGAUUGUAGAAGGGAAGGACCCGACAGACUGGCAUGUUCAUACCUGCGGCCUUGCCAAUAUGUUUGCCUAUCACAGCCUGGGAUAUGAUGAUCUGGAUGAAUUGCAGAAAGAGCCUCAGCCACUUAUCUUUGUAAUGGAGCUGUUAAAGAUUGAGUCUCCAAGCUCUUACAAACGAGAAACAUGGGCCAUGAAUGAUGACGAGAAACUUAAAGCAGUCCCACUUCUCCAUGGAAUGGGAAACAGACUGUACAAACUCGGCAGGUAUCAAGAUGCUUUGGCAAAGUAUCGCGAGGCAGUCAUCUGCUUAAAGAACCUCCAAGUAAAGCAAAAGCCCUGGGAAAUUGAAUGGCUCAAACUGGAGAAGAUGAUAGUCACAUUAGUUCUGAAUUACUGCCAAUGUCUUUUGAAAAUGGAAGAGUACUAUGAAGUGUUGGAGCAAACAACAGAUAUCCUCAACAACCAUCCAGGUAACAUAAAAGCCUACUUUCUAAGGGGAAAAGCUCACGCAGAGGUAUGGAACAAAGCAGAGGCUACAGCAGACUUUGAAAAAGUUUUAGAAUAUGACAGUGGAAUGACCAAAGCAGUGAGGAAAGAACUACAGAUCCUUGACUCCAGAAUGAGAGAUAAGCAGGAGGAAGAGAAGCUGCAAUUUAAGCGAAUGUUUCACAAAUGA